AUGAGCGCACCACAAGCAUCACGAAUGGGACGAACGGCCACAGCGGCAGGCCGCAGCCUGCGCCGUGCGCGGGCAGCUCCCGAGGUCAAGCCCCUCCUCCGCAACGACGCUGGCUAUCCCGUCCCCCACGUGAACGUCAUCGUCCGCGACACCCACCAGCCCCGGAUGGCAGACCACUAUUUGAACACCGUGCAGGAGGACGUGAUGUACAUGUCCUACGUCCACGAGCCCUUCUCCCGCAAGCCCGUGCGCCCUCCCCGCCUCGCCUACGACCCCGCAGACCCGUACGUGAAGCACCGAUACAACCCCCCGCUCGGCGGGAACCGCUACUUCCAACGCCAGCCCCCGCCGUCCUCCCCUGACAGCGUCGUCCGCCUCGAGCGCAUCCAGAUCCACACCCAGGCGAAGAACGUCCUCACCACCCGUGCCAACCUCCUCGGGCCCAUCAUGGCCCUCCGCGCCAUCUCCGGCGCCACCGAGCGCGGCGGCGGCCAGCACACCUCCACCGGCGUCCAGCUCGUCCACGGCCACAAGAACGUCCCGAACUGGACGCGCCCCGGCGCGCCCCUCGGGGCCAAGGUCGACCUCCGCGGCCCGCCCAUGUGGGACUUCCUCUCCGUUUUCGUCGAGUUCGUCCUCCCCCGGAUGCGCGAGUUCCAGGGCGUGCGCAUGGAGGGCUCGUCCCACGCGCUCGACAAGCCGAGCUCCGCCAGCGGCGUCGUCUCCAUCGGCCUCCCGCCCCAGGCGCUCUCCCUCUUCCCCCAGAUCGAGGUCAACUUCGACGCGUACCCGAACGCGUUCGGGAUGCACAUCCACUUCAUCACCAACGCGACCGGCAUGGGGGCUCAAAAUCGCGCGCGCACGCUGCUCUCCGGCUUCCAGAUUCCGUUCGCGCGCUCAUAG